AUGCUGAGAACCCGGAAACCUCGUCCCUUAGGGCCAUCAUUUAAGGCCCAAGCCUCCUUCGGCCAAGCGCGCCCAUCCCAAGUGGGAUGGUCGUCGCUGCCCUCAGGGCUCUCAAGGUCCAACUGCAAAGCCAUCCUCAGGUUCAUCCUCACUUCCUUCCAGGUCGCCGGCGGGUCCCUGCCGCAGACCAAGGGCGUCGGCUCCUCCGGCUCCUUCAAGCUCUCCAAGGAGGAGCUAAAGAAGGCUGCGCCCAGUAAGGACUCGGCCAAGAAGGUGGCGAAGGAUGAGAAGAGUCCGGGAAACGCGACGGCACUGAAACCCAGAGCUAAGUCUGUAACAGAAACCCACUUCUAA